AGAACUUUUUAUAUGAUGAACAAGAUUUGUUCAUCAUAUUUGACUUGGCUGUCUGGGUAGGAGCUCAAGGCUGGAUUGUUUAAAGGAACUGUAUUUCUGGCUUCUGGGUAACCAGUAAAGUGUUGUAGAAGCUAUUUUGUUGGCUGGUUUGGUAAAUCUAAGUAUUAGAAAUAUCCACUAGUUUUGGGGAUCGUCUGCCCCAUUCUUUGCACUUUGCCCUGACUGAACAAUCUCAGCGUGGCCUCCUCUGGGACUCUGGUCACAGUAGUGCUUUCCAACUCUAUUCACACUGGGAAUGUUAGAAUCAGAAAAUAGAACAAAAGUAGUCUUAUUAAUAUCACACCAAAUACUGCUCAUUUUAGAAGCCAUUUAAGUUUAAAAGUCGUCUUUUCUCUUGCUCUCUUUGGCAUUUGAAGUGGAUGUGAAUGUAAUUUACACCACUGGUGUAAAAAGGCCUUAGGUCUGGUCUACACCUAAAACUUAGAUUGACCGUGCUACAUCUCUUAGGGCUGAGAAAAAUGUCAUGCCUUGUGCAACAUAGUUAGGUUGACCUGACCUAACCCUCCCCUCUUGUAAACGCAGCUAGGCCAACGGAAGAACUCUUCCAUCGACCUACCUACUAUCUCUCUGAGAAGUGGAUUAUGUACGCUGUCGGAAAAUUCCCUUCCUUUGAUGUAGGAAGCAUCUACACUACAGCGCUACAGUGCACACACAGCUGCAGCACCGUAGCUGUGCUUCUGUAAUGUAGACAAACCUUUAACGUAAAUGAAAAUUAAGUCUGGAGUUCUUUGGUGAAAUGUUCUAUGAGGUCUAUGGAGAGAAUCAAAAGUUGAUUCAGCAUUCUUCCUGCUGCAGGGAUGGAAAGAGGUGUAUUAUGGAUCUUAGGAACAGGAGGGAUGGUGUGACAGAGUGGAUAUCAGAGAGGCCACAGGCCGAGCUGCCAAGUCUGAGAAAACAAUUGUGGUCUCUGGUAUUCCAGAUGGCAUUGUGAAAGAUGAUGUCAUGGCUGACAUAUUGAUGAUUCAUUUCCAAAAGGCGAAGAAUAGGGGUGGAGACGUGAGGGAUGUAGUUUAUCCAACAGCAAUAAAAGGAGUUGCAUACAUAAUCUUUGAAGAUCAAGAAGUUACAAAGAAUGCUCUCCAGAAAGAUGAACACAGACUAGAGGACAAGAGGCUGGGCAGGUAUUAUCCUCUGAAAAUCUCUCUCUAUAGUGAACACGUCUUCACCUGUGUCUCGUCUGUUCUUGAUUUGUCCAUUUUUGAAGAUAAAUACAUUUUGGAAGAUCUGGUGCAGGAGCUUCAGAAGACUAUCCCAGCCUUGAGCUUCAGUCCUUUGCAAUCCAAUGGGCAAAUUUCUGUUCAAGGGUCAUUCCCAGCAAUCAAGUCACUAAAAGACAAUUUGUUAUUAAAAGCAAAUUCCCUUUCCAGGAAGGGCAAGAGGGGAGAGAGAAAGCCAGAUCAAAGACCUAACAGCAGGACCGAGAAGCGUGGACUAUUUGUGGAGCCAAAUAAUACUUUUGUCCAUAAUGUAAACAGGGAAGAACAAGUGGUUGUCCUGGACACAGAUAUAUAUUGCUACAUGAAACAUUUUUUAUACAAGGAAAGUCUGGCAAAAUACAAUGUUGUAAGUCGUGGAGUCACAGAUGGUGAGAUCACCACAAUAUAUCUAGAAAAUGCCAGAGCAAAUUCGGAUUCUAGAGAAUUAGAAAGAGCCAAAGAGGGAAUUGAAGAUUUGUCUGCAAAACUUCAUUGCAGAUUACGCAAAGAAAGAUUCUCUCUUGAUGGCAACACCAGAUCCGAAAGGCUGAAAUAUAAACAAGCAUUUGAGAGCAUAAAAUCCCGAUUCCCCAAAGUUCUGGUUAUUCCUUAUGAUACUCACAUUGAUGUGAUAGGAAGUUCCUCUGAGACAUAUGAGUUUACACAAGAAGUGAAUAGAACAGUAAAAAGCCACAUCCAAAAAAGAUUCAGGAGGUAGGAGUCAUUUAGGUGAUGCCUGCGAGCUAGGACUUCCUGAGAGUGACAUCUCUUACACCAAAGUACAAUCUCCCAAGGGAGUUGGUAGAAGCCCUAUUGCUGUGGACUUUUGAUAAAGGAUGUUUUGCACUUCUGUAACUUCCAGUGGAAGAUUUCAAAGCACUUUGCAAACUUCAAUUAAUUAGGGCCCAGUCCUGCUCCCAUUAGAGUUUUGCCAUUGACUCCACACAGCACCCUAAUAGUAUUAGGAGCUUCAUUUUACACGUUGUGGCUCCUCUAUCAUUAAAAGAAAAUGCAGGCCCUUCUACAUCACUGCUGCUACAGUCCUACAAUACGUGCACAGGCACUUCUCAGAGAACAGGAAGCCUGGACACCAAGACAAAAGUCCCAAAUACUAACUUAAAUUUCAAACAUGUAGCAAAUGCCCUGUUCAUGCAUCUGGUGAAAUUAAAGUGCGUAGAAGUUAGUUUUCAUAGUGAAUGGACCAUCCCUGUUUUAUGGUCUCUACUCAUCACAAACUAGUGCCUCUUGUGGCUGUAUUAACAUACACUCUUUUUAUGCAAGUUUUUGUUUAAUAAAUCACUUAGUUUUACAUGUAAAACAUGUUUUGAUAAACUUUUUUCUUUUUAUAUGCAGCAAAUUUAAAGUAGUUUCAUUUAACCAAUAAAAAAAGUAAAUGCU